UAAAAGAUGAUAACGUGUAGAAUUAGAUAGAGAGAACAGAGCCAAUAAAGGCUCUUCUGUUUUCUCACCAUCAUCUUCUUCAUCAUCUCCUUCUCAAUGGCUGGAUCAGCUCUACCUCUACCACCGCCUCCGCCACUAUCAUUACAAUCUCCGUCGCAGAAUCAAACCCGUCAUUCUUCUACCUUUUCUCCACCAACCCUCCCUCCUCAAACACCUUCAAUCCGUUCCCGUCUCAGCAAAAUCUGUCAAGAUGGAAACCCACAACUUGCACGCCAACUGUUCGACGCAAUUCCUAAACCAACCACUGUUCUUUGGAACACCAUCAUUAUCGGGUUUAUUUGCAAUAGUAUGUCACAGGAAGCUCUUCUUUUCUAUUCCCGGAUGAAAAAGACGGCACCUUUUACUAAAUGUGAUGCUUAUACUUACUCUUCGACACUCAAGGCGUGUGCUGAGACUAAGAACUUGAGAGCUGGUAAAGCUGUGCAUUGUCAUUUGAUCCGUUGUUUACAGAAUUCUAGCAGGGUUGUGCAUAACUCUCUGAUGAAUAUGUAUGUUUCGUGCGUGGACGCUCCUAGUGGUGAAUUGGAUUCUUCUAAGUAUGAUGUGGUGCGUAAAGUUUUCGAUAAUAUGCGUAGGAAGAACGUUGUGGCUUGGAAUACGUUGAUUUCUUGGUAUGUGAAAACAGGGAGAAACGCAGAAGCGUGUAGGCAGUUUGCUAUAAUGAUGAGAAUGGAGAUAAAACCGAGCCCUGUUAGUUUUGUCAAUGUUUUCCCUGCGGUGUCGACUUCUAAAAGCAUUAAGAAAGCUAAUGUUUUUUAUGGUUUGAUGCUUAAAUUGGGAGAUGAAUAUGUGAAGGACUUGUUUGUGGUGAGUUCGGCUAUUUCUAUGUAUGCUGAACUUGGCGAUUUUGAAUCAUCACGGAGAGUAUUUGAUUCUUGUGUUGAGAGAAACAUUGAGGUGUGGAAUACAAUGAUAGGUGUCUAUGUUCAGAAUGAUUGCCUAGUUGAAAGCAUAGAGCUUUUUCUUGAAGCAGUAGGAUCGGAAGAGAUAGUGUCCGAUGAAGUAACGUUCCUUUUGGCAGCGAGUGCAGUUUCAGCACUGCAGCAAGUGGAACUAGGCAGGCAGUUUCAUGGUUUUGUGAGCAAAAAAUUUCGAGAGCUACCAAUUGUGAUAUUUAAUUCGUUGAUGGUGAUGUACUCAAGGUGUGGUUCUGUGCAUGAGUCAUUUGGAGUCUUUCAUUCAAUGCGAGAGAGAGAUGUUGUAUCAUGGAACACUAUGAUCUCUGCAUUUGUUCAAAAUGGCCUAGAUGAUGAAGGAUUAAUGCUAGUUUACGAGAUGCAGAAGCAAGGGAUUAAGAUUGAUUACAUAACUGUGACGGCUUUGCUUUCAGCUGCAUCAAAUCUUAGAAACAAGGAGAUUGGGAAGCAGACUCAUGGUUUUCUUAUCAGGCACGGGAUGCAGUUCGAGGGAAUGAACAGUUACCUUAUCGACAUGUAUGCUAAGUCAGGUUUAAUUAUGAUGUCACAGAAGCUUUUUGAGAGAAGUGGUUAUACUGAAAGAGAUCAAGCUACUUGGAAUUCUAUAAUUUCCGGGUACACUCAGAAUGGGCUCACAGAGGAAACGUUUGUUGUGUUCCGAAAGAUGUUAGAACAGAAUAUCCGACCCAAUGCUGUAACUGUGGCAUCAAUUCUCCCUGCUUGUAGCCAAAUAGGUAGUGUUGACUUAGGUAAACAGCUCCAUGGUUUUUCUAUUAGGCAAUGCUUGGAUGAGAACGUAUUUGUUGCUUCAGCGUUAGUUGAUAUGUAUUCAAAGUCAGGAACGAUAAAGUAUGCAGAAAACAUGUUUUCACAAACGAAAAAGAGAAACUCUGUGACAUACACCACAAUGAUAUUGGGCUACGGUCAACAUGGGAUGGGAGAGAGAGCUAUCUCGCUGUUUCGUUCCAUGCAAGAUUCGGGAAUCAAACCGGACGCUAUCACCUUUGUUGCUGUUUUAUCAGCUUGCAGCUACUCGGGUCUAGUGGACGAAGGUUUUAAAAUAUUCGAGGAAAUGAAAGAAGUUUUUAACAUUCAGCCUUCAAGUGAGCACUAUUGCUGCAUUACAGACAUGUUGGGGAGAGUUGGACGGGUUAAUGAAGCCUAUGAGUUUAUUAAAGAACUUGGUGAAGAAGGAAACAUAGCUGAGCUAUGGGGUUCACUUCUUGGGGCAUGUAGACUGCACGGUGAGCUUGAGCUUGCUGAAACUGUUUCAGAGAGGUUAGCUGAAUUAGAUAAAGGAAAGAACUUUUCCGGGUAUCAGGUUUUGCUCUCGAAUAUGUAUGCUGAGGAACAAAAUUGGAAGAGCGUUGAUAGAGUUAGGAGAGGAAUGAGGGAAAAGGGUUUAAGGAAAGAAGUUGGUCGUAGUGGUAUUGAAGUUGCUGGUAAUGUCAACUGUUUUGUGUCUAGAGAUCAAGAGCAUCCUCAGUCUGGUGAGAUUUAUGAUGUAAUUGAGGGUUUGGCUAAAGAUAUGAGAGGCGAUUCGUAUCUGACAACAAUCCCAACUGUCACUCCAAGUUUGGAAUUGGACGAGUGAAAGAUGAAUGCCUUUGUAACUCCUUACCUGGCUCUCACAGAAUAUGGAGAUAGAAGCAAGAGAUGAAUCAAGGCCUUAAACAUGGCAGUUCUAACACAUAAUUAGUCAUGUCUGGAUUCGAAACUCGACCAGACAGAAGACAGGAGAUGGAGAUUGUAAACCCAUUGUGCAGUUUGAUGAUCUAUGUAAAACAGUUACAAGCCGAUCAUGAAGAAAGCAGAGGAGAAACUGGGAAAGAAAGAGAUGUAGAUAAACCAACACCAUUGACCAUUGUAGUAGUUUCCUUGCUCUCAUCUUCAUUCUAUAGGCCUCUUGACUUGUAAACUCUAAUAGUAUAAUUAUUUUCAUUUUUCACAUUUUAAAAUAUAUAAUGAAAGUAAAUAAAAGCA